AUGGCAAUGGACCAUUCGGCACUGUUCAAGUUCCAGUCGCUGCUGCUGGUGAUUCUGCUGACAAUCUGCACAUGCACAUACCUCCGGGCGCAGGCACCGGCGCUGAUCGACCGCAACAAGAAGGGCGAGCGCCUCAGUCCGUACGUGUCGCUGGCAUGUAUUGUGAUGGCAGUGCAGUUGAUUUUGUACUAA